AUGGGCGACAACAGCGUCGCGACCGUCUGGGAGAGUGAGCUGCUGCGCGCGCGGCAGUGGAUCGCCGCCACGCGCCUCGACGCGCAGCACGAGCAGACGCGCCUCUUCCAGCGCGUGAAGGCGCACAUUGGCUUCUUUGACCACCGCCGGUCGCUCCAGAGCGAGAACAUGGCCAGCGACGACGAAGAUGACGCUGCUGCGCUGGACUUUCUGGCCGACGUGGACGUGGCGGACAUGAACGCGCUGCUGCAGGCCGAAGCGGCAGGCGCGACCGCGUUGCUGGACCGCGACCUCGUCAACGCCCGUGGCCCGCAAGCGCCACUGGCGAUGCCGGUGCACUUGGCGUCGCCGCCGCCGCAAGAGGUCGUUAAGCCGAUGGAUCCGGUCGAGACGAGCAGGAUGGACGCGAGUGUGGAGGCGCUGAUUGAGACGCUGGCGCUGGACGUGACGCACGUCGAGCCUUUUGAUGCCGACGCGGGAGCGACGGGCGAUGGCAGAGGAGCGCUCUUUGAGUUGCUGCAGACGCUCGGACGGCAAGAGACUGAGACGGCAGUGACGCGGGACGUUGAGGUGGAGUUUGCAAUCGAGACGGAGCCGGCCGACGUGACGAUGCGCCAAGUUGUGUCCAAGAGCCCAGCGGCACUGUGCACGGAAAAAGAUGAGACAAAGAAGACGCAAAUAUGUACGACAGCACGAUCGGACGUAAAAGAGGAUACAAAAGGAGCGAAUUGGCCGGCAAACGCUCGGGAACAUGUGGAGCCUAUCGGACGAAAUGGAAAUGUACGACGGAAGCAAAGACAUGCAAAGACGUUGGAGGAGGAACGCUGUCGGACGAGGCGACAGGAACAGGUGACGCUGACGCUGGAGAACGAGGACGAAAGCGACUGUGAAAGUGACGGCAGUGUAAGUAGCGCCUACUCGCCCUCGCCGGCCGAGGAUGAAGGCGAUUCGGAGCUGGAUGAAACGAACGUGGUGGAUUUGCUUGGCGAUGACGAGGACAGGUGGUCUGUGAAACGUAAACGGAAGCGAUUACGGCAGACAGACGUAGCACCGAAGACGACUAAAGUACGAUCACGCAAACCCGUUGUCACGCACAAGCUGACCCAGCAACACGACGCUGGUCAGGACGGAGAUAGCGGAACGGAACGUCGAUUGCGCGCAGGGAGCGAGACUAGACGCACUUUAGCUGCUGCAGAAAGAUCGCCAGCAGAAGGAGACUUAGGAAGCAUGACAUGUGUGCCGAGCAAGCUUCUGUCUUGCAAGGAUAAAUUCGAGGCAAAUGGAAAAGAUGGCUCAUUGGAAGGAGGACAGCACAGGUUAAUGGACAACGCUAGUACCAGUGGUACUUGUUGCAGUACAGCAAAAUGUGGAGAAACGACGGAGUCCGUCGUGCGAUUGGAGGUUCCUGAUGAUGCCACAAGUUUGCUAGGGCAGAUUGAAGAAAACGAUGAUAAUGAGAAGGAAGCACGAGUUUCAGAAACAGUAUCGCUCAGACCAGCGACAAAAUCGAAUGGUGCCACACACACGGAUAGCAAUGCGCUGGUUGGAUCAAGUCCGGUACCGUUGGCCCCCAAAAGUGUAGAUCAUGGACCACAUGACGCACCGUGCAGCCUCGCAGCCAACGAUAAUGACGCCACUGACGCUGCCGAUGCUCAUGUGUCCGAUACGGAGAUGGUGGAUGUGAAGGGCAAAUGCUCGCCGGUUCAAGAUGAGGUAGUCGCUCACAGAACAGUGUCUGUCGCCACACCUGAUGUAGUGUUCGGUAGCGAUGUUGGGGAAGAACAGGGGAGUGUCGCGCUAGAAAAGGUUGUUGAUGGUCCGACGUGGGUCGACAACGGUUCUACAGGCGAUGCACAGCAGAGGCCAGAAGCAAGCGACGAAGACCUCUCGGAGGCUGAAACAGAAAUAUUGGAAGACGAUACGCCGGACACGAACGAUCUGGGACUUGAUGACAGUGAUGGCAGCGACUUUGGUAUCGACAAUUUUGUGAACAAGCCUGAUCGAGUGACAUGUGCUCAGGUGGAUUGUUCAGGCAACGAGCGAGACGGGCUGACAUUGGAGGGAAAAGCGACUGAUGGGAAGCAUGGCAGCACUAGCUCGAACCAACGAGCGCCGAAUGGUCAGAAGGAGAGUGCGUCAAUUGACGGAGUACAUCAAUUCUUUGAUUAUGUGCCGGUAAAAGUGACGCGAGCGACCACGACUGCUUUAAAACCGUUGCCAGUCCAUGAUCACGAUGUGACUCACGUGCAGUCGAAAGGCAAUGAAAUCGAUAAUCUUCUAGCCAAACCUAAGAAUGGCUUAGCGAUGUCAUCGAAUCCGUCGAUUGGUUCCAAUGGGCUCCGUCCGAGUAAAACGCCACGUGCGAUGACGGCGAUAAGAAGAGGCAAGUAUUUGCAGGUAAGGCGCUGUACUAAAAUGCUGAAGAAUUUACCGGAAGGCAAGCGAAAGCCACCUCGCCAGUACACAGAGGUACCGACAAAUGAUUGCAGGGUUGGCAGUAAUCAGGACAGCGAUGACGUACCUUUGGCUUUCCUGACGAAAGAGAUGCUGAAAACAAGCGCAGACGAAUCACAGGCUAGGUAUCUGUCGUAUGCAGGGAGGCAAAAAAAGAGCGAUGAGCUUCCCAGCAAUGCAGCGAAGGCGCCCCGGUUUGUGUCAAAGUCCCGUUACGGUGGGGAGCUAAGCUCUAGUACUACUUCGGCAGCACAGUCCCCUUUGCCGACAUCAAUAAAAAAGCACCCGCAAGUGGUUGACAACAGCGCUUCCAAUGGUAAAUACAAGCGGGAGCCUCAAAUAAGUAUAUACGAUGCGCUGCACAUAGACGGGCAAGAUGCUGCCAGUGGUGCGCGCGAAGGAAGCGGUUACAAACGUCCCAGUCGAUUCAAGAAAAUGCAAGAGGAAGCAGUGCGUAAGGGCGUUUGUGUGGUCAAGAGCCGAGUGCGGGAUGCAGACUGGGACAAACUUCCGAUUCCAAAAAAGAGGAGGCAAACCCAGAAAGCGGAAGAGUUGAUACAAGUUGCGGCACCGCAGUCAUUGAGCAAGAGUGACCAUGUUUUGAGUAAGGGUGCGCGGCAUGACGACCGUCGCAAGAAGAAAUCUGCUCCAUACAGCAGAAACUCGAUAUCUAAUCACUACGGACCACAAGGCUCUCAGCCAGCGACAUCGGAUAAGCAUGACCUUAUCUCGCAUGGACGUCCUGGCCGGGAACGCGACAGUCGCAACAGAAAAAAACGACAGCCAGUGUCGUCAUCUAGGGAUCGAAGUUGCUUCGCUCGAGACGGUCGACGAUCACGCGACGAUCGCCAGCGUAGAGGUUCGCCUCGGUCCAGGUCUCGUUCCCUUAGUCCUCGGAUACGGGAGGACAGCAGCAAUCACAGUCGCCAUCGUUCGCGCUCAAGGUCGUGGGAGAGGUCGAGCAAGCGAGACUAUCGCCGUCUGAAGCAAACGAUGAAGACCAACCGCGACCAUCACCGGGAAGCUGAUGGCAGGCGACGAUCGACGUCUGUAGAUAGCCGUGGUUCCUGGAAAACGGAGAGUGUGAGUAAAGGACCACUAUCGGGGAAAGUCAGCCAAUACGAUGACAUUGGUGGCACUGAUACAUUUGCCAAGAAGCGGGAGAUCCCUGAUGUUAUCGAAGCACCUUCUUCACCGGGCGUGUUGGCUACCUUUGAUAGCGACGACGAUGGAUACAUCACGGACUCGGAUGAUGACGGGAGAGCGUUGGCUAAGAAUGUUGAAGACAUCCGCGUUGACCUGGAAAGUGUAUCGGUGGAUGAAGCGUUGUUGAUGAGACAGGUGUAUGUGUCAGGGUUGAAUCCUACCGUAUGCGCAGCACAAAUCGAGGAAGACUUUGCACGUUUUGGCGUCGGGGUUGAUCGAGAGACUGGAUUUCCAGCAAUCGAGGUGUUUGCGUGCCAGCGCAAUUAUCUCGGGCGCGGUGAUGCACGGGUGACUUUCACAACGGAGGGGGGAGCAAAAGCGGCAGUGGAGGAGCUUAACUCUAAAAACGUGAAGAACUCGAUGAUACGAGUGCGACAGAUGGAUGUUCACACCCAGCGCAUAUUGAUGCUGCAGUUCCAAGUGGCACGAGAUAUGUGGAAGUGCACCGGAACUCAGUGCCGCGCAAACGUGAGUGUGUGGAAUGCCAAGUGCGACAAGUGUGGACGGAAUCGUGUAUACGGCCCGAGCAACACGAAGAUCGAGGCUCGGUCCUGGUUGUGCUCGCUGUGUCUCACCGCAAACGAUCCGACCGCUACGACCUGCCACGGUUGCAUUGAGGCACUUCCUGAAGUCGACCGCUCGUCUUUCUACGCAUCGUGA